GUCCACCAGUCUUCCAUCAGAUCCGACGGUUACCGCACUCUCCACGAAGGCGAUCGCGUCCAGUUCUCCAUCGCCACCGGCGACAACCACAAGACCAAGGCCGUUGAUGUAACUGCUCCCGACGGCAAUCCCCUACACUCUCGUCCCAAGGAAUCCGGCGGAUCCGGAUUUGGCGCCGGAUGGAGGCGAAACGGCGGCGCCGGUGGAGGUGGAGGUGGUGCUGCGGGAUCAGGUGGCGCCGGGUGCUACCACUGCGGCGAAGUCGGACACCUGGCUAGGGAUUGCAACCGGAGCAACAAUUCUGGUGGCGCUGGUGGCGGUAGUGGUGGUGCAUGUUUUAAUUGCGGCGGAUUUGGGCAUCUCGCUAGGGAUUGCUUGCGAGGAAGCGGUGGCGGUAACGGUAAUGUUCACGGUGGUGGUGGUGGUGGAGGUGUCGGUGGUGUUUCGUGCUUUAGAUGCGGUGGAUUUGGUCACAUGGCGAGGGACUGUGCUACCGCGAGAACUGGCGGCGGUGCAGGUGGCGGCGCUGGUGGUGGUGGUUGCUAUAGGUGCGGUGAGGUUGGUCACUUGGCUAGGGAUUGCAGCAAUGAAGGUGGAAGGUAUGGUGGCGGAGGCGGCGGUGGCAAUGGUAAUGGUUCUAGAAGCACUUGCUUCAAUUGUGGUAAGCCUGGGCAUUUUGCAAGGGAGUGCGUUGAAGCCUCUGGUUGAAUUGAAAAGAAAAACAUAAAAUAAAAAAAAAUAAAAAAUAGUGAUGAAUAUGGAGCAGAGGGGUUAGUACAUUUUGCAAAGAAAGGGUGAAAAAGGUUGAAUGGUACAUAACUCUUUUUGUUUUUCUUUUGGCUACUCUUUUAACAGUUAACCUAUUUAUUAUUGUUAUUAUUAUUGUUAUUAGUCUCUUAUUAAUCUCUUUUUGGGGAUGUUUAUAGAUAGAAUCUUAAUCUUAAUUUUGACUAUUAGUAAGUACUAGUUCAUAGGCAAUUUUGCCUUGAUUUGUACUUGUUAAUUUAUAUUUUAUAUUUAUGCAUUA